AUGAAUCGUCAAAGGGCCACGGAACGACUUCAACGUAACCAACGCAAACAAGAUACUUACGUUAACCAAAGGAGAAACCCGCCCCGUGGUUUUGAAUUGAACUCACUAGUUUUUGUCAGAAAACAGUCGCAGGCAACUGGCAAGUUGGACUCUUGUAUGCGAGGACCAUAUCGCGUGGUAAAUGUCCUGCCCUACGGACGCUACGAGCUCCAACUCGUCGCCGGCUCCUAUGGGAAGACGACUCAAGCAGCUGCGGAGUACAUGGUUCCGUGGCGCGGCGAGUGGACGCCCGAGGUGUGUGCUGCUUACUUUGAGGACGCAGACAUUGAAGGCGAAGAGUCCACUGCCGAGGAGUCUCAACUUGUAAAAGGACAGUCUCCAAGACCUAAGCCACUUGACGCUGUAGGCUUGGGGCAGGAUGUAGAGGAAGAGCAGCAGACGGAAACGUCAAGAAUAGAGAGACCCUCCGCGCCGACACCCAGAGCCUACGUCACAAGCUACAACGACGAGCCAUCACCGAGCGCGUCACCUGUGAUCGACGCGACGCCUGCACUCUUUGGCCCCAGUGAUGAGGCCGAUAUUCAAAGAGAAAGGGAGCCCGAUGACGGUCUCCUGUCAGGAGAGGCCGUGUAG